AUGAUUAUCCCCCGUCAAACUUAUCACUUCCUUUCCACGACCCCCAAGUGGCGCGCGCAACCUCGACAGCGUACCGGCCCUCAGCCACGGGCUUCCAUCAAAACCCUCCGCAGAAAUUACAUGAUCCAUGAACUGCCACUCCUGCAAGAGCCAAACCCUUGGGAUGGGUCUGACCAGUUCUAUCCUGUCCAAGAAGCAGGCUGCUCUUAUGACCUGAUCGUCCCUUUUAGCGACUCCUGGGAGGCGCCCCUGCACAGCUUGGAGCGUCUCGCAGAUAUCAUGUUCUCUCCAGAGCACAUGCUAUCUAUACUCAACAACCCACGAUAUCUCGCGCGCUUUCGCGAGUUCCUCCUUGAAGAGCGCCCUCGGUCGCUUGAGCUACUGACAUACUAUUUGAACACACGUAAGGCGCUAAAGGCAAUUGAGUACGCCAACGCUCUGGUCAGAUGUGCCGUCGACUUGCCUCCGCCGACGAUUGCGGUCACGGAACAGGUCGGGGAAAGCUUUAAUCCCGCCCUUCAGCGCCGUGUCCACGAAGCGCUUCAAGCACUUACAGACGAGGAACUUCCAGCUUUUAUCACCUCGCGCUGUAUUGGAAUCACGAGCAGGGUGGUUGAGGAGCGCGUGCGAGGAACCCUCCCGCGUAAAUUCCAGGGGACAUCCGAUGCACUGGCUGAGGUGUUCUGCUUGACCGAUCCGUCAAGACGGGAUAAUCCGAUCAUAUUUGCAUCAGAAGAGUUCCAUCGCACGACGCAGUACGGCAUGGAUUAUGUUCUCGGUCGCAAUUGUCGGUUUCUUCAAGGCCCCAAGACAAACCCAAACAGCGUGAGGAGAAUCAGAGAGGCUAUAGAAGCAGGAAGGCACCACUCAGAACUCUUCCUCAACUAUCGCCGCGACGGUUCUCCUUUUAUGAAUCUCCUUCAAUGCGCCCCCCUUUGUGACAGUCAAGGAACAGUCCGGUACUUUAUUGGCGCCCAGAUCGAUGUGUCCGGCCUAGCUAUGGAAGGUGCGCAGAUGGAUUCGCUGUGCGCUUUGCUAGACAGGCAGCGAAACAUGGAGGCAGGCGCUAAUGUCGAAGAAGAUGCAGCAAUAAAGGAGGAGGUUCAUUCAGACGAGCUCUGCGAACUUAGUGAGUUGUUUAGUCCACGAGAGCUGAAUGUGGUGCACGAGGUGGGAGGGAAUCUUUUUAAGCCUAUCCCUGCAGUAUUCGAUCGGAAUUGGAAAGGCCAUAGUCGCACUUGGUCAACGGCGGAUACAGUGGAGAUGGAGGCCAUACGCGAGAGAGACAUAAAAACUGCGUUGUUUCGCGGUUCGUUAACCGGCGUUUACGAAAAUUACCUCCUUGUUCGGCCCUAUCCGUCUCUCCGGAUCCUGUUUACCUCGCCAGCUCUUCAGAUUCCCGGCAUUCUUCAGUCCUCUUUCUUGUCACGUGUUGGCGGCAGCGCCUCAACACGGGAAGAACUGCUGGACGCAUUUAUGGCUGGACGCAGUGUCACUGCGCGUAUCAAAUGGGUAACAAGAUUCAAUCCCCAGGGAAGAGAUCGAUGGGUUCAUUGUACGCCGUUGCUAGCAAGUAAUGGCGAGGUUGGUGUUUGGAUGGUGGUGGUUGUGGACGAUAACUGA